AUGGAGGUCGGUGAAUCCUCCAAUGCUGCUGCGGCUGCCGCUCCUUCCCAAGGGUCUGGAGCCACUCUAGCCGGUACGGUUCAUGAGAGUCAGAAUCAGUAUCAACAGCAAAGCUUUGUGGAGAUGAUGAACCAUCAGCAUAUGAGUCAUGCCGGUGAGCAAAUGGGGUUUCAGUUCAUGGGUCAUAACCACCACCACCCCCACCACCAACCGCAGCAGCAGCAGAUCCCCGGUGAUUCCUCCAUCGCUCCGGUAGCCGCCAGCUCAAGCAGUACGAACCCCGUUACCGGGCCAAACCCCACCACCAACCACAUUUGGUUCCCAUAG